GCUUCCGCUUCCGGUCCUGGAGUCCCGGCUUUGCGGUGAAGAGCUUUGCAUUGUGGGAGCUCUUUCCUUUCUCGCUCCCCGGCCAUCUUGGCGGCUGCUCUUGGUUGGGGGCCGUCCCGCACCUAAGGCAGGAAGAUGGUGGCCGCAAAGAAGACGAAAAAAUCGUUGGAGUCGAUCAACUCUAGGCUCCAACUGGUUAUGAAAAGUGGAAAGUACGUGCUGGGGUACAAGCAGACUCUGAAAAUGAUCAGACAAGGCAAAGCGAAACUGGUCAUCCUCGCCAACAACUGCCCAGCUUUGAGGAAAUCUGAAAUAGAGUACUACGCCAUGUUGGCCAAAACUGGUGUCCAUCACUACAGUGGCAAUAAUAUUGAAUUGGGCACAGCAUGUGGAAAAUACUACAGAGUGUGCACACUGGCUAUUAUUGAUCCAGGUGAUUCUGAUAUCAUUAGAAGCAUGCCAGAACAGACUGGUGAAAAGUAAAUCAUGCAAAAUUUUUCUUUAAUAAAACUGGCCAGAGCUUGUUUUAAAAA